GAGACCGAACGAUGCGAUAAUAUUAUAAAUUGUAUAUAAAAGUUCCGUGCUGUGAGACUCAGUGCUAACGAAAGGACUUAUAUAAAGACGUGAAUAAUAAAAAAGACUUUCAACUGGUGAGUGAGUGAAGUAUGUUGGAGACAGAUGGACCAUGGAUCCACAGGAGUUAGAGCCUUUGGAAUCUGGCAUCCCUCGACCUCGUCCAUCUCGUCAGAUCAGCACCGGCGCGCGAUCAUGCUACCGCGGACCGAUACGGCUGUGCCGGCUGCUGGCGCUGGUCAUCAUGCUGCCCUGCGUCUUCAUCUUCGUGCCGCUCUACAUGCGAUAUCGAGUGUUCUCUGGCCAGAUGUACCCGAUGAGUAUGACAGACAUGCGCCUUAUAGAUAGCAAGAUCUCACCCACUUGGUGUCAGAAACAAGUGGUGAAAUCGAAUACCACGUUCAACGCGUUCGUGGUGCCCGGUCCACCCGAGCUGGUGGAUGAGCUGGUACCGGUGUCGAUGACGAGGGAGCUGGUGCUGGAGGACGACAUGAAGGAGUACUGGGGCUUCUACCUCCUGCAGGGAUCUACGGUGACGGUAUCGGCGUGUGUGAGUUUUCCAGGCGCGUCACUGAUAAUGAUAAAAGGCUACAAGCACUUGCAGGAGUGUGCGUACAUCGGUGACGACUCGUCUGAGGAGGUCGACGAACUCUACGAGGCGAACAAACUUGGCCUACUGAACGACACCAUGCUGAUACAGAAGCUGCAACAGUUGAAGAAGACAGACGGGAAGGCUAAUAGACCAGAAACAAUGAAGCGUCACAAAGCUGGAGUUAGUUUUCAUGAUCCUGAUCAAUCAACAAACGCUACGUCAUCAGACAAUAUGCCAUCUGCCGACAUCGCUGAUCAUGAUUCGAAGGAGUUAAAGCAAAUCUUAGAGAAGCUACACGCGAUACAAGAAGCGGCUAAGACGGAGAAGUUUAAGCACUACCAUCCACCGUCGCAUUUGAUGUCAUUACCAGCUCUACACAGACACAGAGACACCAAUGUGGACAAAGAUCAGAGGAAAUGGAUCUCAUUUAAAGAUUUAGAUGGCAACAUAAGUGAACCAGUCUCAAAUAAUGAUACUUUUAAACACCUGGAACCUGCAUCUGAAGCAAAUAAUAAAAUUACCCUAAAAGCUAAUACAAAAACAGUUUCACUAGAUGUUGGAAACAAUCGAAAAGAACACACUGGAAAUAUUGAUGAAUCAGAAAGUAAAGUAGAUGAUAUCACCACACACGUUUUACAGAAAGAGAAAGUGGAUGAAACAAACACUCUCGAACUUAAUUUCACUACAAUAAGCAACGAUAGCUAUGUAAACAGCGAUGCAAUUACUAACACCGAUGACAAAAACAACGAAGAACUGUCCAACUCGAAGGAGGUAUUUGAGGACGUGUUGCAACGACUGAGAUCUUUAGGAGACAGAGGGAAGCGUGUUCUUGUUAAAUUACACGAAUCAUUAGGAAUGGAAUACACGGAAGAGAAGCCUAUACCAGGAACUCCUAAACUCAACGUAACAGGUUCUGAUGAAGAACUAAAACGGUUGAGGAACAUUCUUGUAGAAGCUAUAAAUGAAGAGCAGACUAAGGUUGAAAGACAUCAAAAACGCUCGGAGUCUAUGAAAGAUGCAAGAACCAAGAGAGAACUGUUGCUGCAGCAGGCAGCGCUGGAGAAAGAGCUGAAUGAAGAUGAUGGAGCUCGGGAUUACGCUGCUGAAGAGGGUUUGGAUCCAGACGGUUACGCAGAGCACCACGUUCACCUAAACGAGACCACAGCCUUCGACAUGUCCAACUCGGAGUUCUGGUCGUCCUUCUCCAGCAGCGAGGAGGCGCUGCUCGAGUGUGCUGGCCUCAUCCUCAACCUGCCCUUGAGGCCGCAUCCGUCUUGCAAGGCGGGCGCUCCGGAGGCAGAUACCAAGGCCGCGGCUCGUACUAAUGCUUUGACUUACAGGGUACCAUCCAACGGCUACUACUUCUUCAUCUUCAACUCGGAGAACGAAGUGCAGAAGAACUUCAUCAGAGCCCGCUUCGACCUGCAGAAGACCCGGUACGACGUCGCUCGGACCGCGCUGCGGGAGUGCACCAACAGCACCGAGCGGUGUGCACUACCGCUGGACCUGUUCUCAUCGCAGAAGGUAGUUCUAGAAGUCCCGCUUCGCAACAACGCUUCGCUGUGGAACGAACACUUCUUGGUAACUUCUGAGUGUGAGCCUCGGACUUCGGUGUACCUGACGUGCGUCAUCGCGGUGCCUCUCAUCAUACUCAUCUUUGCAUUCCAGUAGUAGACAAGUAGCCAUAUAGGUAGUAGAAUAUAGGUAAAAAUUGUUCAGUUAUUUAGAUAAAUUACCAAGUUUUAUUUAGAAACGUUACUUAGCUUUAUUUUAAAUUAGAGGAAAACUAAAAAUGGUUGUAGUUGUUAGUUAUUUUAGCGUAGCGAAAAAAGGCAUAAAUUACUCUU